AUGGUAGUCGUCGGCAAUUACUCAGUGCGCAUUGUCAAUGCAGAGACCAAGGAGCCCUUCAAGGAGCACAAAGGGCCUGACGGGAAGAUCUACGCUGAAGUGGAGCCUGAUGUAGAGUACUUUAUUGAGGUCGACGUCAUUGGAGGUGGCAAAAAUUCCAUGGCUUGCUUUGAGUUCCAUGUCGACGGUGAGAAGCUGCCGUAUAGAACUAUUUCAAACGAAACACAUGGAAAAUCGUACAAGGGAGUGUGGUCGUGUGUCAAUGGAGUCGACAAGAUGCAAGCUUUCGCUUUCAAGCGUCCUGUUUUAACAGAUAGCAAGGGCUCUUCUGGUCCACCGGGUGCAUUGAUUGGUGAUGUCCAGGUUGACGUUUCCGAAGCCAUCUAUGCCGGUACUUGUACCCGACCAGACUACAAGUCUGACUCCUUGCAGGCUGCCUCGGUCAGCAGCAGCCUCACCAAUGUGCAGACGAAAAAGGUUCUUCGAUCGGGCACAGGCUCUGUUGCCGAAACCAGCGCACGCAGCAUCAAAGUAACAAGUGUAUACUCACCCGGGGUUCUCUUGGAAUCCAUCACAAUCCACUAUUGCACGGCUCUGGGUUUGAUUCAUGCGGGUGUUUUUGGAAAGUGGAAGACAUUUGGGCAAAGGCGCGGAUUGUCAAUCCUUGGAAGCCGUCAUCCGACUGCGACCUAG